AGGCGUGAGCCACAGCGCCCAGCCCCCAGUCAGGAUUUGAACCUGGUCUGUGGAGCACAGAGCCUGGGAUCAUCACUAAGGCUGGCAUCAUCACCAUUCUGAGAAUAUGGCCUGUGAAGGGGCCUGGCUGGGGGCUGGCCCAUGAGAGGGUGAUUCAAAGGGUUGGUUUUCCUUUCCUCUCCCCAAGCUGUCCUCAUGCAGGGUUGAGCCCAGCAGGGCCAGUUCACUUCGCCAGCCACCUGGUACUUUGUUGUGUUGAAUUAACAUUGAUUGAGUUAUUGUCUGCCAAGCACUGUUCUAGGCACUGGGGAUUAGGGACUCAGUGAUCAAAAAAGAAAUCCUGCCCUGAUAUUCUUAUGGGGAGGACUGACAAUAAGUAAAUUAAACAUACAGAAUGUUGGAAGAUGAAAAGCGUGAUGGAGAAAACAGUGAAGAAGUGGCUUGGGAGGGACAGGCCUAGGGGGCUGGGAAGGAGGCGGCGAGGGGUUGCAGUGUUAACAACGUGGUCAGGGAAGGCCUCACAGAGAUGGUGACCUUUGUGUAAAAACCAGAAGGGAGUGGGGGAGUGAGACGUGCAGGUCUCUAGGGAGGGGCCCAGGUGGGAACAGCAAGUGCCAAGGUCCUGUGGCGGCCGCAUGCCUGGGCCAGCCAGGAUCCCAGGGGUCUGGAGUGGAGUAGCAGGAGAUGGGGUGGGAGUAACUUGGAGGCCAGCUCACACAGGGCCUUGUGGGCUGCUGUGUGCUUUUUGGCUUUUGUUCUGAAGAAAAUGGGAGCCAGUGCAGGCCUUGAGUGGAGGAGGGAGGAGGUGUGAGUGAGCUUGUGCGAGACAUGAUGGAGGUGGUGGCUGGAGAAGGCCCUCUGUCUGUCCACUGGCUGGAUGCUGGGAGAGAGGCAGCUCCAGAGACUGCGGAGUGAAGUCAGGUAUGGGCUGGGGCACAGCUGGACAGGUACCCUCAGGGGACCUCCUGUGAACCCGAAGAGGACCAGACACCUGGGUUCCACCAGCUCUGUGGCUGAGUUGCUGGAUUGUUUUUGUUCAUUCUGUACCUUUGUGCCUUAUGUCCUCAGCUAUAAACUGGGAAUGACAGUCCUAGUGCUGUUGUGAAGACCACAGGAACUGAGCAAACAACUGUGGGAGCCCCAAAGGUUAAGAGGUUAUCACGGAGGGCUUCCUGGAGAAGGGAACCCUUAAGCUUUGAAGUCCAGAUAGAAUUCAGCCUAGCGGAGGGAAUGUGGGUGAGAUGUGGGUGAGACUGGUGGAAGAUGGGAGAGCAUCCCGGAGGAAACCGGUGAGCAAAAGCUGGGGGCUGGAUGAAGCAGGACACCAAAAUAAUGGGUGUUGAAUGGGCCAAGCUGACAGCUCUCUGCAGGAGUGGACGGUGCCGGAGGACCCUCUCUUCCACCAGGCACGGAGGGUUUGCUGUGACUUCCUCCCACCGCAGCAGCUGGCAGAGCCGGGGCUGCCCCUUCUGCUGGUGCCUCCUUUCAGCCGCGUCUGUCUGGGGUUCCCUUCGUCUGGCCCCGCCCCUCGGGCUGAGCGGGGCGGGGCCAGGCGGUCCCGGAGGCUGCGGCAGGCCGGACAGCGGGAGCAGGUGGAGGGCUGGCGGCGGUCGAGAUCGUGCUGCCAUGGCUCAGCCUCUGGGUCCAGAGCCUCAGCUCCUACCUCUUCCCUCCUUGCCAGCCCCUGAUGUCUGCCAGACUUUUGCCUCUGCUGGAGCCCCUGCCUGACCAGCUUCCCCUCCCUGUCUGGUUGGGAUUUGGGGGCUGAGCUGUCUGGGGUCCCAGGGCCAACCAAUGCAGUGCCGGCUCCCGCGGGGCCUGGCUGGAGCCCUCCUCACCCUGCUGUGCAUGGGGCUCCUGUGUCUGCGGUACCACUUGAACCUGUCCCCGCAGCGGGUGCAGGAGACCCCCGAGCUGAGCCAGCCGAGCCCGGGGCCCCCUGAGCUGCAGCUACACGAUGUCUUCAUCGCAGUGAAGACGACCCGGGCCUUCCACCGCUUGCGCCUGGAGCUGCUGCUUGACACGUGGGUUUCCAGGACCAGGGAACAGACAUUCGUCUUCACCGACAGCCCAGACAAAGGCCUCCAGGAGAGACUGGGGUCCCACCUUGUGGUCACCAACUGCUCCGCGGAACACAGCCACCCAGCUCUGUCCUGCAAGAUGGCUGCUGAGUUCGACACCUUCUUGGCCAGUGGGCUUAGGUGGUUCUGCCACGUGGACGAUGACAACUAUGUGAACCCAAGAGCGCUACUGCAGCUGCUGAAAGGCUUCCCGCUGGACAGCGACGUCUACGUGGGAAGGCCCAGCCUGAACCGGCCCAUCCGCGCCUCAGAGCCACAGCCCCACAACCGCACGAGGCUGGUACAGUUCUGGUUCGCCACCGGGGGUGCUGGCUUCUGCAUCAAUCGCAAACUGGCUUUGAAGAUGGCUCCGUGGGCCAGCGGCUCCCGUUUCAUGGACACAUCCGCUCUCAUCCGGCUGCCUGAUGACUGCACCAUGGGCUAUAUCAUUGAGUGCAAGCUGGGCGGCCGCCUGCAGCCCAGCCCCCUCUUCCACUCCCACCUGGAGACCCUGCAGCUGCUGAGGACUGCGCAGCUCCCAGAACAGGUCACCCUCAGCUACGGUGUCUUUGAGGGGAAACUCAACGUCAUUAAGCUACAGGGCCCCUUCUCCGCGGAGGAGGACCCCUCCAGGUUUCGCUCCCUCCAUUGUCUCCUCUACCCAGAUACACCCUGGUGUCCUCAGCUGGGUGCCCGAUGAAUCCUGAACUGCUGGGCAAAGGUUGGGCAGAGGCUUCUGGGUGUGCCUUGGCUCGCAAGGUGGCACUGAGGGUCCCUGGCAAAUGUCUUGUGAUAGGCAGUCCCUGGCAGGGCCUUCGGGUGGUUGGCAAGCCCAGGAUCUGGGUGACAAUUGGCACUGAAGGCACCCCAGGCCCCUGGGAGGUGAGUUAGACAGCCCAGGGGACCAGGUGGACCAGGUGAUGGCCAGAGAAGCUCCAGGGGCCAGACUCCCUCAGGAGGCUGAACUGAAAAAGGGCAGGGGGCACUUAGCUGGCCUGGGGCUCAGGGGUCCUAACCCUUUAGGCAGUGACAUGGCCUCUGGGUGGGGUCUGGCCCUUGGCCCUGGCUCAUGUCUCUCAGUCAUUCCCCUGGGGCUCAAGCACUGGGCCGCCCACUCCUGCCUCCCUUGCCUGGGUCCUGGGUUCCUGAAGGGAUAUGGAAAUGAUGGCGGAAUCCAGGCUCUGAAGCACCUGCUGUUGUUGCCAACCAGUCUCCCAAAGCUCCUUGCUCCCCACCCCUUGCUAACAGGACCAGAUUUGGUUUGGAUCCUCAGCAUGCUAGGACCCAGAUGAUGGAGCAUAAUGGGUCCCAGCCAAUCGUGAUGAUCCUUUUUGCUCAUUUCCCAGCCUCCCUUGCUGUUAGGGGUUACCAUGGGACCAGCUCUGGCCAGAGGGAACUAAGCAAAUCCAAUAGAGACAUUUCUGGGGAAGGUUUUGCAGCCCACUCCCCAUCUUCCUGCUGUGAAUGUGGGUGUGAUGGCUGGAUCUGGGGCAGCCACCUUGCUACCAUGAAGGAAAGGCCAAGACAAUCAUCCCAGCUAUUCCCUCCAGCAUCUGGUUCUGUACGAAAAUUAAAUGCUUAUUUGUUUAAGUCUC